AUGACCGAUUCAGUAAAUAUGUCGUUAGAUGAUAUAAUAAAACAAAAUCGUACGAAUAAAUCACGAGGAAGAGGUGGCGGAACAAUACGAGGACGGGGUGGAGGUGGACGUGGAGCCCGCAGAGGUCGAGGUGGUGGUGCGGGACUUACACGUUCUGGAACUCCUGCAGCACGACAGGGUCGUUUCCGUUCUCGAGGACGGUCCCAAUCUCGUAGCGGUUCACAGACCCGUGGGCGAUCACAAUCCCGAGGUCGUUCGCAGUCUAGAAACCGCUCCCGCUCGCGUCAACAAAGACGGUCUUCAUCUCGUGCUAGGUCAGCAUCGAGAUCGAGAUCAAGAUCAAAUCUAAGAGGUUUAACUCCUAAAGGCAGAGCAGGUCUUGAUGAUCAACAGACAGAAAUGCCACAAUUAGUACGAACCAACAACUUUAAUAGAGGAAGAGGUAGAGGUGGAUUUCAAAACAGACUCCGCAGAUCUAAUUCAAAUGUACAAAUGGGAGUACACAGUCGAUUGGGAAUUGGUACUAAUAGAGGAGCUGCUAAUAAUAUCAAUCGUCCUCUUGCAGUAGCUAAAAGAGGUAUUGCAAAACGUGGACGUGGUUUUACUACGAGAAAUAGAUACAGUAAUGUUGGAUUAAGAUCUGAUCAAAUAAUUAAACAACAACGUCAGAAUUUAAUGUUAAACAAUUCUGUUAUAAAGUCUCAGACUUUUACUAGAUCGAGGAACAAUUCUUUCAACUCACCUUCUCAACUUACUGUAAGUGUUGCUAAUGAUUUUGCAAAGAGACGCAGGAACAGUGUAGGAAAUUACUUGGAUCAACAAAGCUUAGCUCAACUUAAUAAUCAAUUUGGUGUUUACAACACUAGAAGAGGACCAGGCAGUGUUAAGUCACUAGGAUCAAAUAGAUCUAAUAGAUCAAGUCGUUCUAACCAAUCUAACACCAGUAAUAGAUCAAGUCGUAGCAGGGGUCGUGGACGCAGAGGAAUCAAUCGUGGAGUCGGACGCAAAUUUGUUAAUAAACAAAUCCUCAAUCCAAAACUGCAAAAGGAAAUAGCAGCUAUACAGGGUAAAAGUUUUGGUAGUAGCUCAAAUCAAAUUGAGGUCCCAAGUGGUGUCAAUUUUACUCCAACACCUGCUGCUACUGGGCAAACCUUACAUCAGAGGUUUGCUAGUGCUUAA